AUGGAUAUGGCAGAUGUUUUGCCAUUCUUGGCUAUGGCUAUAGUCCAGUUUGGCUAUGCAGGCAUGAAUAUUACAUCAAAGCUUGCAAUGGAUUCAGGCAUGAAACCACUUGUUCUUGUUGGUUAUAGGCAAAUCUUUGCCACCAUUGCAAUGGUCCCCUUUGCUUAUUUCUUUGAGUGGAGAACUAGACCCAAGAUCACCAUGUCUUUGCUGCUUCAGAUUUUCAUAUGUUCUCUUACAGGUGUAACUGGAAACCAGGUUUUUUACUUUAUUGGGCUAGAAAAUUCCACCCCCACAAUUGGAUGUGCAUUGACCAACAUACUCCCUGCAGUGACUUUCAUUCUUGCAGUUCUUUUCAGACAGGAAUCAGUGGGAAUAAAGAAGGCAUCAGGGCAAGCAAAGCUUUUAGGGACAAUAGUAUGUGUAGGAGGAGCCAUGUUGUUGUCAUUCUACCAUGGUCACAUGAUCAAUAUAGGUGAGUCAAGUAUUCAUUGGAACUAUGCAGAUAGUACCGGAAAUAGCACCACCAACAAGAAAUCGAACUUCGUCCUGGGAUCCUUAUGUAUAAUUGCUAGUGCUAUUUCUUGGGCAAUAUGGUUCACCGUCCAAGCGAAAGUGAGCUUGAAGUUUCCAGCUCCUUACACAUGCACCUUAUUGAUGUGUUUCAUGGGCAGCAUUGAAUGUGUAGUAAUCGGCAUCGGUGCCAAUCACAAAGUAUCCGAGUGGUCAUUGCGAUCUCCUGGCAGGCUUAUUGCAGCUCUGUAUGCGGGAAUCGUGUGUUCCGCACUAGCGUUUUCCCUCACUUCAUGGAGUAUUCAAAGAAAAGGAGCACUCUACGUCUCAGUCUUCAGUCCCUUGUUGCUUGUUAUAGUAGCUGUUUUGAGUUGGGCAUUGCUUCAUGAGAAGAUAUAUGUCGGAACUGCUGUAGGGUCGAUCUUGAUCGUCGCUGGGCUCUACGCGGUUCUCUGGGGGAAGGAUAAGGAAUUGAAGGAGGAGAUCGAAGAGACGAAGGUGAUGAAGCUAGGCAAUAAAGAGUGGAAUAACCAUGACCUUGAAUUACAAUUACAUGCAAUUUCAAAUGGCAAUAGAAAUGCUGCAAGUUGAAGGAUGGGAUUCAUGGGAACAUAAGGGUAAAAAAUCUGUUCGGUUUUAUGUAUUGAAUGAGCUAUCAAUUACCA